AUGAAUCGUCAACGGACAAAAGGGUGCUCCAUCGUCGAAAGCGUUGAGCAUUCCUUUGAGCCUCAGUUUCCUGCACAGGCCUUCAUGUGCGACGAUGAGCGCUCGGCAGAGGCUUCGGAGGCGGUAGCCUUGGACGCCCACUGUGACGCCCGACAGAUGGUCCGUCUAGUCCAGUGUCCACGAUGCUCGAAACCUCUGAGUGCCCCAGUCACCCUGCCUUGCGGUCAUACCGUCUGUCGCGGCUGUCUGCCUCCUCCACAACCUCGUACCAACAUAUCAUAUCCAAACACACCAGAUCGCCUCAUGGGCAUUUCGUGUCCCCUGAUGGGCUGCGGGGCCGAGCACGCUUCUGCUGAGUGCUCUGUCGACGUGACGUUGACCAAGUUGAUGGACCUCAUAAAGGCUGAGAUAAUUGAGCACAGGCCAUCUGCGGAAAAUACUCCGACACUCCUCGUCGAGGUACCCCAGCAUGAAGAUUCCCCUUUGGAUGAGAAAGAGAAGGAAAAGCUUAGCUAUCAUGGAAAUCAAGAGGAACUGCAUGGAGGACGCCUCGUGUCCACGUUUACCAUGGCUGAAAUGGGCAAACUUCGGUACUCUUCCGAAGUCCACUACCAGUCACUAUCGGCAAGCGGGGACGAUUACGAGCAUCUUGACAUCACGCUCCUGGAACGCUUACGCGACGUAACCCACAAGGAGUUAGACUGCCUUGUCUGUUACAACCUGAUGCUGGACCCAACAACAACAUCGUGUGGUCAUACAUUUUGCCGUCGUUGCCUCGCUCGCGUUAUGGACCACAGCAGCAUUUGCCCUUUCUGUCGAAGAGGCCUGCAUGUUCCUGCCUCACUACAGAAUCAAUCUAGCAACGUCAUACUCAACUCUUUGUUGAAUGGACUUUGCCCGGAUCUGGUGAGUGCUCGUGCUGAUGCUCUCAAGGCGGAAGAGCAGGCGGGAGACAACGUGUUGAACGUUCCGCUCUUCAUCUGUACACUGUCGCUGCCCUCUAUGCCGACAUUCCUUCAUGUCUUUGAGCCUCGCUAUCGAUUGAUGAUGCGGCGCGUCAUCGAAGGUAGCAGACAAUUCGGCAUGGUUAUGUACAAUCGCACACACGCACCCCAAGGCGAUCUUGGCUCGACUCCGUUCCUGGAGUAUGGAACACUACUUGAGAUUGUCAAUUACGAGUUACUGCGCGAUGGGCGUAGCUUCAUUGAAACACGUGGUAUCGGACGAUUUAAAGUGAGGGCUCAUGGCCUACUUGACGGGUACAACGUCAGCCGCAUUGAGCGUGUUGAAGAUGUUUCUCUCGCCGAGGAAGCUAUUCUGGAGCAGCGUGAGACCACUAUGGCACGGGAUUACGCGGAAGCAUUCUUCCGCGACCAUCCUCAAACCCAACUCCCUACGGAAGUCGCAAUCGAGACAUUAUCCACGCAACAGCUACUUGAUAGCUGCACAGCAUUUGUACGAGAAAUGAGAGAAGCCAGUGCGCCCUGGCUUCGCGAACGGAUCAUCCAAGUCUAUGGCGAGCCACCCGAGGACCCCGCAAUCUUCCCAUAUUGGUUUGCAUCUGUAGUACCAAUCGUAGAAGAGGAAAAAUACGUGUUGUUACAGACUGAACGGGUCCGCGAGCGCCUCAAGAUUGUGUACUCGUGGAUUGGAAGGAUCCGCGGACAACGAUGGUCCUCGGGCAAUGCAUGCAGCAUCUUAUGA